AUGGAGGAUAAUCAGAAUUCUGCCCCAGGCAGUGUUCCUGCUGCCAAGCUCAAUGCCUCGAGGAAAGGCCCAGAUGCACAGAGUGUCACCAAGAGAUUGCAAACCGAGCUUAUGCAGCUCAUGACUUCACCAGCGCCAGGCGUCUCUGCCUUCCCGUCUGCGGAUGGUAACCUGCUCUCGUGGACAGCCACCAUUGAAGGACCCGACGACACUCCCUAUGCAGGCUUGACUUUCAAGCUAAGCUUCGCUUUCCCCUCGAACUACCCAUAUGCUCCUCCUACUGUCCUCUUCAAGACACCCAUCUACCAUCCUAAUGUUGACUUCUCGGGCCGCAUCUGUCUGGACAUUCUUAAGGAUAAGUGGACGGCUGCCUACAACAUCCAGACUGUUCUCCUUAGUCUCCAGAGUUUGCUUGGCGAGCCCAAUAAUUCCUCGCCCUUGAACGGUGAAGCUGCUGAGCUGUGGGACACUAAUGCCGAAGAGUUCAAGAAGAAGGUGCUGGGACGACACCGAGAUGUUGAAGAGGAGUAA